CGCCUCACCGGGACAGCACCCGCCCCGUUACCGUCCCGCCCCGGCUGGGCUGGGCAUUGCAAAGCUGCCCGGAGAGAACGGUGGGCGCUGAGCAUGGCGCAGAACGCGAGGGGCAGCCCCGCCGUGGCUGCCAUCCGGCUCCACAACCCUCCACUCAACACCCUGAGUCUGGCAGUUCUCCAGGCAUUAGAGGAUGGGCUGAAGAGAGCAGAUGCAGAUCCUUCAGUGAAAGCCAUUGUGUUUUAUGGCGAAAAUGGGAAAUUCAGUGCAGGAGCUGACAUCCGAGGCUUUUCUUCUACAAAGAGGAAUGGCAUUGCCUUGGGCCCCAUCGUGUCUCUCAUUGAGAGGAGCCAGAAGCCUGUGGUGGCUGCCAUUGAAGGUUUUGCCUUGGGAGGAGGCCUGGAGCUGGCACUUGGCUGUCACUAUCGGGUUGCACACGUGAAGGCACGGCUGGGCUUACCAGAGGUCAUCCUUGGGUUACUUCCAGGUGCUGAAGGCACUCAGAGACUGCCCAGACUGAUUGGGGUGCCAGCUGCUCUGGAUCUGAUCACUACAGGAAGACACAUUUCAGCAACUGAAGCACUGAAGCUGGGCCUGGUUGAUGGAGUUGUGGAACAAGACACAGUUGAGGCAGCAAUUCGCUUGGCAAAUGAAGUGAUUGGCCAGCCACUGGGACCCCGCAGGCUCAGCCUGAAGCCAGUUCCAAAACUGCCCAACAUGGAAGCGUUUCUCAGCCAGGCUCUCAUGAAGGUGAAGAAACAGGCCCGUGGAUUCCUGGCUCCAGAACUGUGCUUCCAGGCAGUCAAAACUGCCACAGAGCAGCCCUUUGCUGAUGGAGUCAAGAAGGAGAGAGAGCUUUUCAUGGUGCUGCUGACUUCAGGACAGGCCCAAGCUCUGCUGUAUUCCUUCUUUGCAGAGAGAGCUGUGCAGAAGUGGACAACACCCACUGGAGCUUCAUGGAAAAGUGCUUCCCCUCAGCCCAUCCACAAAGCAGCUGUGAUAGGGCUGGGAACAAUGGGCCGAGGCAUUGUGACUUCUCUUGUUAAGGCCAACAUACCUGUGGUAGCCCUCGAGCAGAAUCUGGAGUCUCUGAACAUGGGAAAAAAAGCUGUGAUGCUCCUUUUGGAACACGAGGCCAUGAAAAUGGAGAGGGGCACCCAAACCCUGGAUUUCCGUAACCCCGCACGUCUUCAGUUCACUGUGGACUUUGAUGUGUUGAGGGAUGUAGAUCUAGUUAUUGAGGCUGUGUUUGAGAACAUGGCACUAAAGAAAGAGAUAUUCCACAAGCUCUCAGAAAUCUGCAAGCCAGGGGCCUUUCUGUGUACAAACACAUCAGCCCUGAACAUUGAUGAGAUAGCUUCCGCCACCAGCCGCCCACAGCAGGUUAUUGGCACACACUUCUUCUCCCCUGCUCAUGUGAUGAGGUUAUUAGAAAUAAUCUAUGGCCAUCACACAUCCCCCACAGCCAUUGCCACUGCUAUGCAGCUAGCCAAAGAGAUGAAAAAAGUUGGAGUGGUGGUAGGGAAUUGUUUUGGGUUUGUUGGGAACAGGAUGAUGUUUCCGUAUGUUCAACAGGCAGUCUUCCUUUUAGAGGAAGGAAGCAGACCAGAAGCCGUAGAUCAGGUUCUUGAAGAUUUUGGGUUUAAGAUAGGACCUUUCCAAAUGUCUGAUCUUGCUGGGCUGGAUGUCAGCUGGAGGUCUCGGGAGGACCAGGGCCUUACUGGGGCCUCGCUACCUCCGGGAACACCCGCCCGCCAGCGGCACGGCCGUCGCUACAGCCCACUGCCAGAUCUGCUGUGUGAGAAUGGCAGGUUUGGGCAGAAAACUGGCAGGGGCUGGUAUCAGUAUGAGAAGGCUGGGGGCAGGAUAGCCAAGGCAGAUCCAUGGAUUCACAACUUCCUGGCCCAGUACAGAGACACCCACGGCAUCAAGACCCGCUUUAUAGACCAGGAGGAAAUCCUGGAGCGGUGUUUGUUUUCCCUCAUCAAUGAAGGGUUUAACAUCCUGGCUGAGGGAAUAGCUUCUGGCCCAGAGCACCUGGAUGUCAUUUAUAUCUAUGGCUACGGGUGGCCAAAGCACAGGGGAGGCCCCAUGUUCUAUGCUUCCACUGUUGGGCUCCCUCAUAUUCUGGCUAAACUGCAGAAAUACUCCAAGGCCCACCCUGAUGUCCCUGACCUACAGCCCAGCACCUUGCUGAAAAAGCUGGUGGCUCUGGGAAGCCCCCCCCUCAGAGAGUGGGUGUCCUACUUUGGCCAACAGAGAAACAAGCUGUGAUCCUUCCACUGCCUAAGUGCUGGAGGCUGCCCUGGGGAAACAGGUGCUGUAAUUGCAUCCUCUUUUCCAACCAAACACAAAGGGCUACAAGUUCAUAAGCAAUGUCACUGACCUUCCUGGGCUUUUGCAGAGAAUGACUUUGGCCAGUGAUUCAGCUCAGUCUCCUUCUUGCUGCAGGUAACCACUGCCAUCACUCACCUUUCCUCUUACCCCUGCUUUGCACACUGCUGUGUAAAGGCCCAUCUCAUUCUGCUCUGCCUUCAGAUCCUCUGCACACCUCUUCACUCUGUCUUGGUGGAAGGGAGGGAGCAGCAUCCAAAGCCUGCACAGCACAUCCUGGUGGAAGACAAGAUGAUCACAAUUCACCCGAGACCAUCUGGAUCUAUUAGAUCCUGCCUUAAUUCUGGUUCUCAUUUUUGUUCUGGUCUUACCUGUGCUACCCACCUCCACUGUGGUCCCUGGCUCACCCAAAGCCAGCCAGCUGGAGACUGCUCCCUUCCCGCAUCUGGGGGAGAGGGAACACCUUCCAGGGGAAACAUCAAAUGAAUCGGAGAGGGCAGGUUUGGGCAGAGAGCCAGGGACAGGUACUAUCCCUCUUCCCUGCUGCAGGGAUCAUUCUAAUAAAUUACAGAAAAGCCACAAACACAUCAACCUGACUGACCUGCCCUGUGGUGUUGGCUCAUGACCAGACUUAUGCAUCCAGGCUCCAUCCUCCAAUAUCAUUAUCCCCACUCAGCUUUGUCCAAGCAGAAACAUCUUCUGGCAUCUCUUAAACGUGGAUCUGUGUUGCCAUCACUCCUUCUAUCUUGACUGCCAAGAGAUACCAGGUCUUGGGGCUCAGCAUGCUCUAACGGGCUCGACUGAAGCCUGGCCUGGCACUUACCAGGUUUUCAAAUGGUCAGAGGCACACAGAGAAGGGCAGGAACAUUGCUGCAAACAGGCAGGGAGGCAGCAGAUCUCUAGCAGAGAAUACAGAGACAGUGAGCCAAACUUGCUCCAGGAUUGAGGUUUUGGGACAGUCUCCCAUCUCUUGUGCCUAGUGAAUGUAUUUUCCAGUCCAGUGUGGGGAAUAGGUUAGUCUAGGUUCCCUUUUCAGGAAGAUUAUAAUUGAAUGUAUAACUUUUGCUUUUUAUCUUAAUAAAGGUGUUUGGAUUAUUUGA